ACACACACACACUCUACUGUGUUUUAUAUUGGGAAACAUAAACAGGAACUGCAUGAGCCUCUACAGAUACAGAACCAACUACACAGAGGAGUAGGACGUGUAAAACAUUUUAUUCAACAUCAGAAAAAAUUUGCCAUGUGCUGCUUUUUUAUUUUCAUUCUUUUCAUUUCAUGUGCUGUCUGUCAGGCAUCGAGGCAGUUUAGUAUUAAAACUGGAGAAUCUGUCACCAUCCCAUGUCGUUAUGAUAGGAAAUAUAUACAACAUAAGAAAUACUGGUGCUAUGGAGGAACAUUCAAUUUCUGCACAAUUCAGGCGUAUGCCAAUAAUACAAAGGGGAAAGUGACAGUGACUGAUUACCCAGCUGAGAGUCUCUUUACUGUGACAGUGAAUAAUCUCCAGACAGGAAAUACUGGAUGGUACUGGUGUGCUGUAGAGAUAAGUGGACCAGACGUUAGAGAAUACCUUUAUAUCACAGUGAAAUCAGAUCCUGAUCUGUCUGUGAUGGAGAGCAGAGUGAGAGGUGAGGAAGGAGGCAACAUCACAGUCCAGUGUUUCUACAGCGCUGCGUAUCAGAAUACACAGAAGCAGUGGUGCAGAUUCAAAGAUGGACGCUGCAACUCAGUGGGGAGGACUGCCACAUCCCAGAAUUCAGCAGUGAACAUCAGUGAUGAUGGGAGAAGAUCCUUCAGCGUGCAGAUGAGUGGACUGAAGAAGAGUGAUGCUGGCUGGUACUGGUGCAGUGCAGGAGAUCUGCAGGUUCCUGUUCAUAUUUCAGUUAAUAAUUCAACAGUUUUUCUAAAUGUGACCACAAAUACAGAUCAACAGAAGGACAAUUCAGUGCAUGAAAUGAUGUCUCUCUGGCUCCUGGUGGCUGUAGGACUGGGGCUGCUGCUCAUUCUUGUCAGCAUUGUAACUUACAUGUUCAGAAAGACAUGCAAGAAGGAAAAUCAGACAAGGACUAGAAAGAAGAGCAAUGAUGCCGCUGCUCACACACCAUCAUCAGCAGUGGAUCAUGAAGGAGAUGUGACCUACAGCUCUGUGUUUUAUGCAACCAAAAAUCAAACUCAGUCUCUGAGAGUCAAAGAUGAUGAGGUGACCUACAGCAAAAUGAACUCUCCGCCAGUCAGAGAUGAUGAGGUGACCUGUGGCAAUGUGCAUUCUCUAGGAGACAGAGACAAUGAGGUGACCUACAGCACAGUGGUUCGUGAUUAAGAGUUUUUCCUGGUCAGGGUCAGUGUAGAUCCAGAGCCAAUCCUGGGAGCACUGGAUGCAAGGCAGAAAUGCACCCUGGAUGGAACAGCAGUCCACGCAUUCACACACCAAUUCACACCAAGGGGCACUUUAGAGAAGCCAAUCAACCUACAAGCAUGUAUUUUGGGGGAGAAGAACCCAGAGAAAACCCUUACAGAAAUCAGAAGAACUUGUGAAACUGCAGACAGCUAUUAACCAGAACUCAGGUCAGACUCUGGACCCUGGAGGCGUAGUGCCACCAUGACGCCCAUGGACUACUUUCUUUACUUUGUAGAAGACAAAUUUGAAAUGGAGAUGCUAAAAUGAAAGUGGAUCUAUUAAGAAAAGAGUUUUGUGGAUGGUUAAUGGUUCUAGCUUUCUAAAAGGGUCCUACCUAGAUCAUUUUCUGCAAGAGAAACCCUCUGUUGCAGUGUCCUACAUAGAACUGUUAAUGAUUUUCUGCAGAUGGAUCAAUCGAUUAAUCUUUUAAGGCCAAUUUACACUGGACAAAGCUUAUUUUUGACCCACUGUCUCAAGCAAUGCUGAGAUGUAAAACUGGGGCAGUGAGCUUGUGACAUUAAAAUUUAACUUGCUGUUGUCAAAUUGGGCUUUCUGGAGCAAAGCACCAUCAUCUGAAAAAAGUGUGUAAAUCACAAAGGAAAUUCGCUUUAACUGUCCAGUAUAUGUCACCAUGGGCCAAGUGUUCUUAUUGGAAAAAUCGUUGUCAUUUUACCAUGAGUUGCUCUUUCUACAUAGUUCUACAUAGAAUCUUUAAUGGAUCACCCAGAUCCAAACCAAAGCACGCUUGAAGAAGGCGGCUUGUAAAUUUCCUAAAAGUGAUAUACUGUAAUAUUAUACUAUUAUAAUUAAGUAAGGAAUAACACAUGGGUAAUUUUCAUACAGCACAUAACAUAACAGCAGUAUGUAAUGUGUUAUUCCUUACAAAAUGGGGUAGAACACAGUAUUUUAUUGCAUUAUCUGUCUAUCUGUCUGUCUGUCUGCCAGACCAGUACAAAAUUUACUUUCUUAGUCAAUGGAGAUUUUCUGUCAUAAAGCAUAAGAGCAUUCAUUUUCUAAACAAUACAUUCUAAAGUUAUACUCCAACAUU